AUGCCAGGCCGUCGACGCAGGGCAAAUAAAGCCCAGGCAGCUGCUGUUGCUACUUCCACUGCUGCUCCAAUCCCUGUUGCUACUUCCACUGCUGCUCCAAUUCCUGCUGCUGCAGCAGCAAACACUACCACCCUCCUAGACCCCCACGAGGGAGAAAGCUUUGACCUUGAGAAUAUCUCGGCAGAUGAAGAGGAACUGGGCAAUCCUCCUGUACUCACUGUUAUCGCACCAGUGGGCAAUCCUCCUGUGCCCACUGCUAUUGCACAGGCAGGCUCUAAUCCAAGCCCACUCCAGACCAUCAUGAGCACUACCCGGACCAACCCUCUGGCCACUGGUAAUCUCAAGCAGACCAAAGGGCCAACUGAUAUAGCUCAGUUCUACCGGAUUGAUUCCAAUACUAAAGUCAAAACUUGCACCCCUUGUGUAGCACUACAUGAGAUUGACGGAACGCACAAGGUCCAGGUAUACACAGGUUCAACAGCCAGUUCAGCUCCCCAUAACCAUGCUUUCAUUCACCACACCGAACUCUAUCUGGAAGCAGCAGAGCACUUUGGCUGGCACAUAACGAUAAAGGAUCUAAGUGAAUGGCUUGCUGAAGGAUGGACACUCACAAUGAUUUGCGAACAGCUCAAAAAAUCACCUUGCACAAUGCAAACACUUGGCCCUCCACCUAACCAGGGAUCUGAUGUCUUAUGGCUGGUGGGAACCAGCUCUCAAGAAGAUGUAAUUCCAGACUUCACACUUGACGAGAUGCAUUGCCAAAUUGUGAAGUUUAUUGUUGCCGAUGAUCAGGCCCGCGAAAUGAUCAUCGAGCAAUGGCAGGAAUACUUUGUCGCCUUGAAGAAAGACCUUUCUAAUGCACAGGGCAAAAUCUGCUUCACAUCUGACCUGUGGUUGGAUUUUAAGCUCCAGCCAUUCAUGGCCAUCAUGGCUCAUUGCAUUUCCAAGGCCAAUGCAGAUUCAGCGCUUGUGUUAAAGGCGGCCCUCAUCGUGUUCCAUCACAUCCCUGGCAGUCACAAUGGAGGGUCCCUAGGUUCCAUGAUAUUGUACCUGCUUGCACAUAUUACAGUGACAUAUUUCCAUAUUAUAUGGGUCACCCGACCUACAUAA